AUGCAAGGAACGGCCGACGAUGCCCGCACGCCACGUCCGCUCCUAGGUGUACAAGGGGCGGCCGACGAUGCCCGCGCUUCCUACGUCCCUCAGGAUGAAGCUUCCACCGAAGGGUUAUUGCUAUUGUGCGUAGAACAACACUCAAGGAUUUCCGAGAACUUCAAACUCGAUUCAAAAACCAGCUGCUUCAUUUCAGCCAUGGCGGCGUCAGCAACCGAGCCGCGGGGCGGCGUAGUGACCCAGAUCGCCCGAUCGGUGGGCUUCUCGAAGAGUUACAACUUCUGGCUAUGGGCUGUCUUUGGCGGUGUUCUGCUCGGAUUUUCCAUAUCUCGGUUACCGUACCUCGACUUCUACGGCGUCUUCUGCAGUGGUCCGGGAAUGGCCAGGGGUAACAUGGGAGCCGCCACACCUGGAGAGUGCUUCUACUACCUGAACCUCACCCUCGGUGGCCUCGCCAUCAGAACACACUUGUGGUGUGUCCUGCCUGCGGCUCUGCUCGCCUUCGGACAGUUUGUUCCCAUCUUCCGACGCAAGGCUCUUUGGCUCCACCGAAUUAACGGCUGGAUUUCGACCGUUCUAUCCCUCAUCGGCGCCUUUUCCGCCCUACCGAUGUUGAAGCAUACGAUGGGUGGCAGCACUGAAACCCAGUCGAUGAACCUCCUGUUGCUCAUCAUCUUCGUUACUGCGGUUUACAAGGGAAUUGUUGCCGCCAAGAACCACAGGAUCCAAGAGCACCGCGACUACAUGUUACGCGCUUGGGUUUACGGUGGAUCUGUCAUUACCCUCCGAAUUAUCAUGUUGGCUACUUCCAUCAUGAUGUCGUACAGUGGUAACUGGUACGUCGCCAUACCAUGCGACAAGAUCGAGUACUUGAUGGAUGCUCAGAAUGCCACCAUGGCCGAGUACCAAGCCAAGUACCCCGAGUGCGCACCUCAAUGGUCUGGAGAGGACCCGAACCGCCAUGUUGCUGUUCGUGUAUACGUCCUCGACGACGACCCAGUGGGUGUUGCUGCCGCCCACUCCCACUGCUUCGGCAUGUCGGGUUAUGUAGCCAUCAUUCUGCACUUCGUGGCAGCUGAAGCCUACAUCUACUGGACUUCGCCCGAGCGCAAGGUCUCCAAGGCCAUUCGAGCUAACGAGACUAACCACGCUGCUAAGAAGGUGGAAUAAAGCUUACGCAAAGAGCCCCUGGAAAUAUAAUUUCCGCCUCCGUGAAGUAAAUGCUUGGUAUCGGAAUAGUUGUCAUGAAUUUAGCGGGAUAGUCGAUACGCUUUGAGAGGCGG